CUGGGCGUGGAGCUCUCGCGAGACUUCGGAAUGGCUUCUUCUCGCUCCACCUGAGGGCGUCAGUCUCGCCCCGGCUGUGGAAGCCGAAGUAGCUGCUGAGGCGAAUACCUGAGAGACGCACGGAGCUAUGUCGCUGCCGGGCUCGCCGGUGUCUCUGGGGCCUCAGUGGGCCCCGACUCACGUCCAAGUGACGGUUCUCCAGGCGCAGGGGCUGCGCUCCAAGGCCAAGGGUGGCAGUGGCGGUGGCGGUGGCGGCGGCGGCAGCGGGAGCGACGCGUACGCCGUCAUGGCGCUGGGCAAGGAGAAGUUCGCCACCUCGGUGGCUGAGCGCUGCCUGGGCUCGCCUGUCUGGCGGGAGGAGGCCACCUUCGAGCUGCCGCCGCCGCCCCGGCGAAGCCUCUCGGGAGCAGGACUCGGUGCCGGGCCGACGGCCGUCCUGCAACUCACCGUCCUCCACCGCGCCCUGCUCGGUCUCGACAAGUUUUUGGGGCGCGCAGAGAUCAGCCUGACCGAGUUGCAGACUGAGGGGGGGCGCCGAAGCACAAGAUGGUACAAGCUUCACUCCAAACCAGGGAAAAAGGAAAAAGAGAGGGGUAAGAUUGAGGUGGAUAUCCAGUUCAUGAGGAGCAACAUGACAGCCAGCAUGUUUGAUCUCUCCAUGAAGGAUAAGUCACGGACUCCAUUUGGCAAGCUGAAAGACAAACUGAAGGGGAAACGGGGCAAUGGAUUGCCAGAGACAGCUUCAGCUAUUAUUCCUAGCAUUAGUCACUCCCCAGCUGACAGUGAGGAAGAGUCGAAUGAGAAAGAGAAGAAAAAAUCAAAGUUCAAGACACUGUUCUCCAAACCUGGUUUACAGAAAAACAACCUCUCCCAGUCCAUGUCUGUGCUGCCUUCUCUCCAACCAGUUACAGAGAGAGUUCGACUUAGGCCCAGUGACUUUCAGUCACAGUGGGGGGAUGACGACGACGACGAUGACACAUUGACUCCUGUCUCUGAGAAGCCCUCUACAAUUAGAACUGAAGAUAAUUUGCUUUAUCCCCCUUCAGGCAUGUCUCAUAAGAGAACAGGUAGUGCAGACAGCAAGCAGUUAAGCCAAAUCUCCUCUGGUAACACCAAGAAGGACACACAUUCUUUAUUUGGUGGACUGAAGUCCAAAACUGACCCGACGUCCCGGUCUAAUGUGUGUAUCAAUGGGAGCCACGUUUAUGUGGAGGAAUCAAAAAGUGAUACUCUUCCAAAAGACGGCACUCCAUCUUCACCUCAGAUAUCCCAGCGAAAACGACUCUUUUCAUCCCAGGAGAAUUUAUCUUCCGAACCCAGCAAGGAGCCUGAAAUGACAGGAAGGCUGCCUCCUGACAAAGGGCCACCCGCAUCUUCCUCACUGGAGUCCUUUAAAGCCAUGACUCUGCCGUCAUACAAGCUGCUUAGCGGUGGGGAUUUUCUAGAAAGCAACACUCCAGUUAUUUCAGACACUCCAAAAGAAACUAAAGAGAACAAAAAACAGGAGAACAAGAAGUCUGGCUUGCUCUCCCUAAUGACAGGAAAAAAAGAAGCUAAAAUUAGUGAGGAGGUGGAGAACAGUGCUGACACCUGUCUGAAGGUGAAGGAAGUAAAACGUAAUGAGAAGGAAUCAGCUUGGAAAGAAACAAACCCUUUUGAAGUCCCUGUGGAUUGCAAAAGAGGCCAUGGCCCAGAUAAGAGCAGCACUGCUGAUCUCCCAGCUGCAAAGGCAUCCCUCAACCCUUUUGAUGAAAAUAUUACAGCAGAAGAGAAGUCAGAAAAAAGCUCAGCUUCUGUGAAACCAUCUCAGACCAAACUCGUCAAACCCAGACUGGGCGUGUCUUCAGAGGAUGAAACCAAGGCCGCGUUUACUAUUUCUGCACCCUCUUCUGCUUCUCUUUCCUUUCCUUCCCAUCACUCUAAUAACGAAAACAACCCUUUUACCUCUAAACUUGAUCCAGAGCAGAAACCUCAGGGCUCUGAUAGGUUUGUUAGUGACAACAAUCCAUUCACUAGAAAAUGGGCACAGAAAUCCAAAGAACAGGAUUCUGAAUGCUUCUGUUCUCCUUCUCUUGCUGGAAAUGAAAAUAAACCCUUUGCUCCUGAAAGGGGACAAGAAUCCCAGAUUGAGGAUUCUUCAAACUCUGCUAAAUCUCCCUUGUAUUCCCUGCCUCUUCCUGCAACUUCUGUUGAGUUGCAUCCUCCUGCUUGUCAGCUUUCUAAUAUUGAUAACCCUCCUCUGUCUAAACUGGGAAAGGAGUCUGAAAGCUUUAACAGUCCUCCCACAUCUUUCACUAGUUCCUCCUUAGCUGGAAACCUUGAUGAUUCCAAGCACCUUCAUAUUGUGCUUUCAGAGAAGCCUCAAAAUAAAGGUUUAGUUAAUAAAAAAAAAUCUGAAUCCAGUUUUCCUGGAUCUCUAUCUGAGGGUCACCCUGCACGCUUUUAUGAUAGAGUUGGACUGCUCUUGAAGUCACAGUAUGAUGACAAAGUGCAUAUAGUACCGCCAUUUAAAGAAAACAAUGGAAACAUAAAGAAGUCUGUGACCUUUGCCCUUAAUGAGUUGAAAGAUGAUGCAGAGAGUAGUGGCAAUGAGGCUUCAGAUGAUGAAGAGGAUUCAGGAGAUGAAGAUCCAGUUAAGAGAUGGCAUCAUGAUGAAAAUGAGGUUACAGUAAAUCCCACUGAAAGGAAUGGGAGGCAAAGGCUAGAACUGGAUGUAGAGCAUGUCUCAGCACCUGAGCCCCAUGAUGAAAGAGUAAAUUCUCUUCAUAAGAUUGAGACUCCUUUAGAAGGAGAGGCUGAAGCCAGCUCAGUUAAAGCAGAGCCACCAGUACCCACCCCAAGAGUCCUCAUGCUUCUGCCUAAGGAAACUGACGCACCAAGGACUGUGUUGGAUAGCAGUUCUCUCUCUACACCACCAAAGCCAGCACCAAGAAGUGCCCUAAAAACCCCAAAGGGUGUAUGUGUUCCUCUGACUGCUGAAUGUGAAAUAGAAAAUGGGUCAAGCUCUGCCUCUGUGUCUAAAGAAUUUUCUGCAGGCAAUUCUUCACUCUCUAGCAAAAAACUAACAAGUGCUGGCUCACCAGCAACUUCAAUAUCCACUAUAUGUAAUUCUGGGAGGGAUAAUGGCACCAUGGAUUCCUCACAAAGUAUUAAUACUGAUCACUCUAACUAUACAACAAACACACAGGCUGGCAUUUUAGUUCCAGGAGAUCUGAAUGUAAAACAUACCACCCUUCCUGUUAUUCCAGAAGUAGGAUCAGAUGAUGAGCACCUGAGUGACUAUCCUCAGGGUGUUGAAAAUAUGGCAGCUUGUGGAGAUUUGUCAAGGAGCGGAGAUGAUUCUGCACAGUUGUGGUCUUCCAUUGAGGAGACAUCAAAUAAAAAGGCUAUUGGUGAGAGGCAGACUACAUUGCUUCUUGUGAAGAAGAAUGGUCCUGAUGACGCAUUUAAAGUAAACAAGCCAUUGGUUAAUCCUUCAGCACCGCUACUUCAAAAUGCAACUGAUAGUGUAAGGGGAUUGCAACAGAAGAAUGGGGACAGCUUUAUGGAAAGUAGACAAGGUGAUAGGCCUGGGUUUUCUGUUAAGCCUGUUCAUCUUACCCUUCUGCCCAUUUCUUCUCACUCUAUCAGUUCUUUCCAAUCUGAUGCUUUUGGCUCUAAUAGAGCAGAAUCUACGAAAAAAGGUACAGCAGAGGGCUUGGAUGCUAAAGUGGAUAUCUCUGGCAAGAAGAAGCUGCUGCAGGCACGGGUUUCACCCUCUGAAACACAUCCCAAUCAGACUCCACAGAGUGACGGAAUUUAUCCUGCUAAGCUCAGACUUCAUCCUGUGAAGCCAAUGAAUGCUACACCAAACAAGCAACCUGCAAAAACCCUGAGUAUAACUAAAAUCUUGGAUAACCAGAAUGAAACCAAUCUAAAGAAAUAUGACCCUUCAGAUCCUGCCUAUGCUUAUGCUCAGUUGACGCAUGAUGAGCUGAUCCAACUGGUUUUGAAACAGAAAGGUGUGAUUGCAAAGCGAGAUCACCAGGUGCGGGAGCUGGAAGACUACAUCGAUAACUUGCUUGUCAGAGUUAUGGAGGAAACCCCUAAUAUUCUUCGGGUUCAAGCCCAUGUGAACAAGAAAGCUGGAAAGAUGUGAGAUAACCCGGUCAAUGUGGACAAGGACUUUCUUACUCAACAUUUGGAAGUAGUGAAUGUGGAAAAGCUGCUUGUACCAAUUUUCUUGUCUUGAUUUUCCUGUCUUAAGCAAGGGUCGACUUGCCCUGUGACUGGUGUAUAUAAUCUAAAAAGGCAAUGGUGUUCAAACAAAACUCUUUAUCUUUUAGUGCACUGUACAUGUUUUGCUGCUGCACAGGUUAAAGGCCUGAGAUUAUGGGACUAUGGAAGGAGUUGUGAGCCACAUUUUACCUGUGAAUAAGCUCUGAUGGGAGCAUUUUAAAGGGUUUGGUUUAAAAAUGAAUACUUUUCCAUAGUUUUUCAAAAACACAACUCCUGAUUUCUUGGCUUUUUAGAAUAUUGGGUUUUAGUGCAAUAUAAGCAAUCAUAUUCUGAUUACAUUAGAGAUACUGGAUGAAUAUAUCUUCAUGGACUGCCUUAUUUUGAUCUGAGCUGCUGGGAAAUAAGCACUUCCACCUGGAAGCCCCUCUAGUUACAAGCAGUCCAACGCCUUAGGAAUUUCUGUUGUGUCGGCUCCACUGAAUUAAGAAUUGUUAAGAGCACUGCUCAUUCAUUUCGGUGGGGCUUAUGCUGUACAGUUGUGCUGUGGAUUGUGCAAAGCUGUCUGUGUGGCACUUUGGAAAGCGAGGAAAAUCCAUAGUUAAGAAAUAAACAGUGAUUGUUGGUGGGUGACAGACCCUGCUCAGCUGCCAUGUUACCAAACCAUCAAGAUGAAAUGGCACAUGAGUAAGGGCAGGUAGGAUUCUAGACGUGAAACAGAAGACUACUGUGUCUUCUGACAGUGGUCAGUUCAGGAGGUCUUUUCUUGAUUUGAAUUGACUGCCAGAAACAGCACGGUUGCUUGCUACAUUGUAGCUGGUUGUUUUCAGUACAGUUAAAAUAGAGGGAGCAUUUGUCCUGCAGUUCCUAACAGGAGUUAAAGUGCUCAAAUUUGCGGGUUUUCAGUAGCUGAUUUUGGAAGUACACCAUCUCUCAUAACCAAUUUUUUAGUUUAACAUUCCACUUGACAGUAGAAAUAUCUAUUAAUGUCACAUUAGCCAUCUUCUGUUUCCCAGGUUUUGCUAUUUUUCUUCAGUUCUUAACAUUGCCUUUUAAAUUGUUGUUCUUUCCCUUUUGUCUUUAAGUAACUUAUCCCCUCUGUUCAGAAGUCUGCUUGAAUCUGUAUUUCUUGAAUACAGGGAAGACAUCUGGGUUUAUGGCAUCAAAGGGAUUGAAUAAAUCACUUUGGUUCAAUAAAUCCAGAUGUCUUCCCAUUUGUGAAUACUUUUUCUCAUAAAACGUUCAUUUUGAGAAGUUCCCCAACAUGUUGAUAACAUUUCUCAAGAGUUGGUUUCUCACUCGCUCCCUGUAAUUACAAAAGGGUUGAAAUGCAGGUAAAAGCACUCUGCCAAUGUCAGGCAAAGUAGCUUCCUUCAGGUGUUCCAGGUUUUGUAAUUCUCCUUUCCACAUCUUUGCUGCUUCAGAAAUUCUUCAACAGAGAACAUCACAAUCUCCCAUCAAGUAUACACCAUUUCUUUUACGUCUAGUUUCUUUGCAGUUCAAAAUGUAUUUGCUCCUUUACUUUUCAAGAGCUUUUGGACCUCUAAGCAAUACUGCAAGGAAACAUGCAGUACGGCAGGGAUAGGAAAUCUGGCCCUCACUCCAGAGAGUGUUGUUGUACUCGAUCUUCAUUAUUCCUAACUGUUGGUCAUGCAGCUCAGGGUUGAUGGGAGUUGGAGUCCAGUGGCAUUUGGAUGGUCACAGGAUUCUCAUCCCUGUUUGCAAUGUCUUGCUAUGUCUGUUUCAGCCUGUUUCUCCUUACCUCUAUAAACAGCUUAUAAAGUCAUGUGACACUUUCUCUAACAUGAAGGAUGGAUAAAUGUUCAACCUGGCAAGAGUCCAGGUUCAGCUUAUAUCUGAGUGUACUUGUUUGCAUUUUAAUUUCACUUUGUUGCUUUUCUUUCAAAUUACGUUCAGUCACUUCAUUCAGGAGCAUCUCAGUGUAGUCCUUUGGUCUGCAUGCACUCCCAACUACAGUUUUUUGUUGGUAUUUGUAUCAUUCUAUCAAUCAAGCCGGUUAGCUGCAGCUUGGAUCACAGUAUUGUAUUGGUGCCCUUGUGUUUCUGAUGUUGACAGUCUUAAUAGUCAGCCACUUCACUCCCCAAGCUUGGAGACUCUUUUCCUCAUAGUUAUAAAAGAGACAGUUGUGGUUGUGUUUGUCCUUCUGCAAAUGCUGGAACAUGUGAAUAGUCUACAUUAUCCUUCUACACCUAAUGACUUUAUGUGAGGUGGCCCCUAUAAUAUUACUGCUAGAGACUAAAGUAACUUAAACUUCUUGUUGGAUUGUGCCCUGGGUUGAAGAUUGAAUUCAAAAUCUGCCCCCAAAUAUAAUAGGUAAAUUGAUAUCGUGGUAUCUUUGUUUUGCCUUUAUAAUUAUCCUGGACUGGGCAUUUGCCCCCAUAUGGAUUAAAAGUUUGCAAAGGAUCAGUUUUGUAAGCUUGUUGUAAAAUAAUACUUACACCUCCCCCUUCAACAGUACUAGAUGUUCAGGGUGAAAUCCCUAAUAGCCAUAGUAUUGGAAAUUGAGCUUUAAUGUUGUGGGUGGGUGGGUGGGUUGAAGAUAGAAUCUGUAAGGGUUAGCAAGGCUUUUAGCGAACUUAAGCUUGUAUAUGCACUUUUGGCUUCCAGUCAGUUGGAUCAGCUGGAAUUCAGAAACAUUGUUGAAAAUCUUACUGUCUGAGUUAUAAAUGCAGAUACCCCAACAGCAAUCAAAGUGUUGUUUGAAGGCUUUGAUGGAUUAAUUUUAAUGCUGGAUAUUGUAGCUACUAUUCAUUAUCUGCCUAUGCACUUUAAAGAGGGAUGAGGUUGGUACUGAAGAGCUCGUUAACCCUCCCGUUGUAAUUAGUCACAACACUGGAUUAUAAACUUGUCAGGUAAUCAAAGGGCUGUAUCUGACUAAGUCAUACUCGUGAGCAGGCCUGUUGUAAUCAGUGAACUUUAGUUAUGACUGAUGCCCAUUGGUUUCAGUGGAUUUACUCUGAAUAUGACUUGCUUGGAUACCACCCAUAGAUCUUAACGCUUCCUGAAUGGUGCACUGUUAAUUGCUCUUGAUACUGUACAAUCUGAUUUGCAAUCACCAAAGGAAUAGCUUAAGCAGCUACUGUGUAUUCAUUAUUUGAGAAGAGGUAGUUCAUGUUACUUACAAUAUCUAUGCAAUAAGAGCAUAACUAUGUAUUUUUGGAGGCUGGUAUAAAAAUAAGUAAUGUUUUAAACAUAAGGCUUUGACUGUGUUGUUCUGCUUACAUACAGGGGUUCCUUUUGCCCUACGUAAAUGGAGUGUGGUGCUUGUUGAGUGGAUUUGCCCAUCUUUUUUUUUUUUUUGCAUAGUACUGAGGCUAUCUAUUUGCUUCAGUUUAGAACAAUGAUAUCAGGUGAUGGCAUGGAGAGGAACAGUUGUCUUCUAUAUCUAAGGUGGUCAGGGUCUGUGGUCUUCUCCUGUAUCUUCUGCUCCAUAAUGGCUGGAACAAAAACAAGACACACUUUUAUGUAAAACCAACAUUCAGAUGCUUCCAUAUCUUUUUGAAGCUAGCAUAAUUUGUUCAAAUGGACCAAAUUUCCCUCUUUUAGCUUUAAGUGGCUCAGUGGCUCCUCAUUGGUCCUGCCAGAGCCAUAUACACAUAGUUGCAUACCUGCUCCUUUUGGGAACAAUUUAUUUUAUGUACUAGAUUUUUUUUUAUUCUUGUUGGCUAUGUUCCAAAGCACAGCAGACACUUGUAGCUUUGUUGCUUAGAGUAGAUUUCACAACAAAUGUUAUUGGCCAUUUUAAUAGAAAUUGUGCAAGACAAGCUUCCAGCAGAUUGAAGAAAAUCUAGUUUAUAACCUGACUUGAAUUUUUCAGGGACUAUGAGAUUUAGUGGGCAGCAUGCAGAGGGCGUGUUGCCACUGGACCCAAAUCAGCUGAUGGUUCUUCAUAUAAAGAUCUGCUCAGUUGUGUACAACUUGAUGAGAUUUGGGCAAUACACAGUGAAGAUAACUUGCAGUCUGUGCCUUCUAAUCAGUGUCUAUGUUUUGCAAUUCUGAGUACAAUCCUGACAUAGAAAUGCUGUUUUGAGAAAAGCGGGAUACCUUAGGAGGGGUAGUUCCCAUUGUACAAUUGUUUGCUCAGUGCUUAAUAUUGAAGGAUCUGAAAGCCUAUUUAUAUUCUGCCUUGUUACCCUUGGUACUUAAUCCCAUUGGUUUUUAUACAAAGACUGUCAACCUCAUGAAACAUUAAAAUAAAGUUAUUUAAACCUGUGA